GAGGUAAGGCUAGGUAAAAGGCGGAGCUAUGCUAAUAGGGAUUGAGGAACGACGUUCCCCGUGGAGGGGAAUUCCUAGAGGGGCGGGGAUAUGCUAAUGAGAGACAGAGACCUGCGCUCCCAGGGAGCGGCGCCACGCGCUCUGGGCUGGAGGGCCGUCUGGGGGCGGGGCUAUGCUAAUGAAAUCUCAUUCUUUGGGCACACGGGUAGGAAAGAUCGUUCUGGGCGGGGCUAUGCAAAUAAGGAGCUCCGUGAGGCCGCUUCUCAGGGCACCUCCCCAGGGCCUUGUUCUAGUAGGCGGGGCUGGCCGGCUCCCGCGCGGCCGUAUAUAGGCGCGCUCCAGGGAAGGAGCAGGUCCUGGGGGGAAGCUCCACCCCCGCCCUGGGAUCCUGGCCAGACUCCCGACCCGGGCGUCCGGGCUGGAUGUCGUAGUCUCCGCCCGCUAAGGGACCCAGGCUUCCGGUUCCCGCUGUCCCAACCAAGCGGAAGACAGACUGGGAGGGGAGUUGGGGCCCUGGAGGGAGGACAGCCCAGUAACGGGACAGGGAGGGGCCGUGAGAUCACUGCAUUCCUAAUCCAUGAGCCAGCUCGCCCAGGCCGGGACGCCUGGGUCAUGAAGGGCCUAUAGCCAGGAAGUCUGGGUCUUUGGAGGAAGCUGACGGCCCAGACUCCUGGGUCCCUAGGAGAGAAUGGGGCUCGAGGUGACCAUGGAGGAAGAAGAUGAGUCUCGAGGGAAGACGGAGGAGUCGGGCGAGGACAGGGGCGACGGCCCGCCAGACAGAGACCCCACGCUUUCUCCGACUGCCUUUAUUCUGCGGGCCAUUCAGCAGGCGGUGGGAACUUCCCUGCAGGGGGACCUGGCGAAUGAUAAAGAUGGCUCUAGGUGUCACGGCCUUCGAUGGAGGCGCUGCCGGAGCCCCCGGUCAGAGUCCCGUUCCCAGGAGUCAGGGGGAACUGACACGGCUGCUGUGUUGGACAUGGCCGCAGACAGCUUCCUGGCAGGGUUGGUGAGCGUCCUGGAUCCCCCAGACACCUGGGUUCCCAGCCACCUGGACCUGCAGCCUGGCGAAAGCGAGGACAUGCUGGAGCUGGUGGCUGAGGUCCGCAUCGGGGACAGGGAUCCGAUCCCGCUGCCGGUGCCCAGCCUGCUGCCUCGUCUCAGGGCCUGGAGGACGGGCAAAACGGUUUCUCCUCAGUCUCAUUCUUCUCAACCCACCCGUGCCCGCCACCUCCUCACCUUGGGGACUGGAGACGGGGGCCCUGCCCCACCUCCUGCCCCCUCCUCUGCGUCCUCCUCACCUUCUCCUUCCCCCUCAUCAUCUUCCCCCUCCCCCCCUCCCCCACCACCACCGCCAGCCCCCCCAGCCCAGCCUGCCCCUCGGUUUGACAUCUAUGACCCCUUCCACCCCACCGAUGAGGCCUACUCCCCGCCGCCUGCACCGGAGCAGAAGUACGACCCCUUUGAGCCAACAGGCUCCAACCCCAGCUCCUCCGCUGGGACCCCCCUCACCUGAGGAGAGCAGGAGGAGGAGGAAGACCAUCAGAGAUCUGUACACCUCGCAACCUAUAAAUCGACCAGUCAGCGUCAGCACAGCUUCGAGGCCUAUUAUGCAGUCUCGUACUCCUCAGCGGCGCCACCCCCGCCGGCCCCCGCCUCCCCCUGGGACUCCAAGAAGCACCGCUCCCGGGACCGCAAGCCGGGCUCCCAUGCCUCCUCCUCCGCCCGCCACCGCUAUCGGUCCCGCUCCGCCCGCCGCCGCUCCCGCAGCCCCGACCGCCGCCACGGAGGCAGCCGCCGCUCCAGGUCCCGGGAGAAGCGGCGUCGGAGGCGGCGCUCGGCCUCUCCGCCCCCGGCCACCUCGUCAUCCUCCUCCUCGAGGCGCGAGCGGCACCGAGGCAAGCACCGGGAAGGCGGCGGCAGCAAGAAGAAGAAGAAGCGGUCUCGGUCCCGGGGUGAGAAGCGGUCGGGGGACAGCGAGAAGGGCCCGGUGCUGGCCCAGCCGCCCUCCGGCGCCACCUCCCUGGGCGCGGAGCGCGACCGCCGCCGGGGCGCGGUGCCGCCCUCCAUCCAGGACCUCACGGACCACGACCUCUUCGCCAUCAAGCGGACCAUCACCGUGGGCCGGCCGGACAUCGACCCCCGCGGCCCGUCGCCCGCCCCGGCCUCGUCGCCCAAGCGCGAGGUGCUGUAUGACUCGGAGGGACUGAGCGCCGAGGAGCGGGGCGGCCGGAGCGGCGAGAAGGACCGGCGCCGCGCGGGGGCGGCCUCCUCCUCCCGGGAGAAGGGAUCCCGGCGGAAGGCGCUGGACGUGGGGGAUCGGGACCGGGAGAGGGACAGAGAGAGGGACAGGGACAGGUCGUCCAAGAAAGCCCGGCCCCCCAAGGAGUCGGCGCCCUCAGGGCCCCCGCCCAAGCCGCCGGUCAGCAGUGGCUCAGGGUCCUCCUCCUCGUCGUCGUCCUCCUCCUCCCGGAAGGUGAAGCUGCAGUCCAAGGUGGCGGUGCUGAUCCGGGAGGGCGUCAGCAGCACCACGCCGGCCAAGGAGGCCGCGUCCGCCGGCCUGGGCUCCAUCGGGGUCAAGUUCAGCCGCGACCGGGAGAGCCGCUCCCCCUUCCUCAAGCCCGAGGAGCGGGCUCCUAUUGACUUCCCUUCGUGCAUCCCGAGUGCGGGCUCUAUUGAGAUGUUAAAGCAGCUCCGGACAUCAUCUAUCUAAAAGGGCCAAGGUGAAGGGCAGUGUUAGACCAAGAAAGCCAAGGAGACCAAGGGUAAGACCAAGCCAUCCAAGGCCAGGGAAAAAAGAUCCGCCAGCAGGGGCGGCGGCAUGGCCCCCGGGGGCCCUGUGCCCCUGAAGAAGUCCAAGGCCGACAGCUGUAGCCAGGCUGCCGGGGCCAAGGGCGCCGAGGAGACGUCCUGGUCCGGGGAGGAGCGAGCGGCCAAGGCCCCCAGCACCCCGCCCCCCAAGGCCGCCCCUCCGCCCCCCGCCCUCACCCCGGACUCACAGACGGUGGACAGCAGCUGUAAGACACCUGAGGUCUCCUUCUUGCCUGAAGAGGCCACUGAGGAGCCUGGGGUCCGAGGUGGGGCGGAGGAGGAGGAGGAGGAGGAAGAAGAGGAGGAGGAGGAAGAGGAGGAAGAGGAGCAACAGCCUGCCACCACCACGGCCACCAGCACGGCCGCCCCCGCCCCAAGCACGGCCCCUAGCGCAGGAUCCACAGCCGGUGACUCGGGGGCAGAGGACGGGCCGGCUCCCCGUGCCUCUCAGCUGCCCACGCUGCCCCCACCCCUGCCCUGGAACCUGCCCGCUGGUGUGGACUGCACUACCAGUGGCGUCCUGGCCUUGACUGCACUUCUCUUCAAGAUGGAAGAAGCCAAUCUGGCGAGCAGAGCAAAGGCCCAGGAGCUGAUCCAGGCCACCAACCAGAUCCUCAGCCACCGGAAGCCACCCUCCAGUCUAGGGGUGACACCAGCUCCUGUACCCACCUCUCUGGGCCUGCCCCCUGGCCCCUCCAGCUACCUGCUCCCUGGCAGCCUUCCCCUAGGGGGCUGCGGCUCUACCCCUCCCACCCCCACUGGGCUGGCUGCUGCAUCUGACAAGAGAGAGGGCAGUAGCAGCUCCGAGGGACGAGGGGACACGGAUAAGUACCUGAAGAAGCUGCACACACAGGAGCGGGCGGUGGAGGAGGUGAAGCUGGCCAUCAAGCCGUACUACCAGAAGAAGGACAUCACCAAGGAGGAGUACAAGGACAUCCUGAGGAAGGCCGUCCACAAGAUCUGCCACAGCAAAAGUGGGAGAUCACCCGUGAAGGUGAGCAACUUGGUGCGCGCCUACGUCCACUACCGCUACUUCCGCAAGCACGGCCGCAAGCCAGGGGACCCCCCAGGGCCCCCACGGCCACCCAAGGAGCCAGGGCCCCCUGACAAGGGCGGCCCUGGCCUGGGCCUGCCCCUGCCCCCUCUCUGAGACCCCCAACAACCCCACCUCCUUCCUCUGCCUCUUCAGAUUCUGGACGUAUUUAUGGCUCCACCUCUCCACUUCCCUCCCCCGUCAGUGGGAUGAUUGGGAGAGGGUUGCUGUGGGGAUGAGAGCCCCCUGCCCAGCCCUGUGCCCAUCUUCCUCGUCCCAAGCCUGUCCCCAUCGCCUCUCCCCUCUGUUCAUGUCCCUCCCCCAGUUUCAUUAAAGAUUUCAUGAAAUGUUACCUUCGAA